AUGACUGGUCUCCUAAGGCUUCCGCGAGAGAUACGCAACCAGAUCAUCGCCCAUGUCACACAGCUCUGCGCCGAGGCGCCAAAGGACUACGAAGCAUUCCAAGCAGAAGACCGUGAGGCCUUGCAACAGCACUUCGCCAGGGCGUGGCGCCAAGAGCAAAAGCAGAUCCUGCUCGAAAAGUCGCCGCGCCACGGCCGGGACAUCGCUGCGCUGAAGCUCACGAACCGCCAGCUGCACGGCGAGGUGCAGGACUGGCUGCGCAGACGGGCGCGGGAGCCGGUCGAGUGGGUUCUCGACGUGGCGUACCUCAAGGACGUCUCGCUGCGCCCGACGUGGGUCUCGGUGCCGCUCCUGCGGCCGCACGCCGACCGGCUCGUCGCCCGGUUCCGGAUGCUAGACGUGCCGGGCGAGGUCGCGCUCUCCCCCUCGGCCCAGAGGUUCUACAGCCUGGGCGCGGGCGGGCCGCCGAGCAUAACCCACAUCUUCUCCAUCGCGCUGCGGACCUGUCUCCGAUGGGGCCCACUCGGGACGGAGACGAUCAAGCAAGAAGACUCGGACCUCGUCUGUGACCCGAACGCGCGGCUGAUCCAUCGGGACGGCAUCACGGUGAGGGAGCUGGUCCUCGACUUCGAGCCGACGGAUCCCACGAUCCUCCCGCUGGGUCCCGACGUCUCCCGAUAUCUCCGCAGCCGCCGGAACCUGGAGAACGCCGACAGCUCCAGAUGGCUGGUGCGCCUCUCGGGGAUCAGAGACUUCUUCUGGGACGGCAAAGGCGAGGCGAAAGAUUAUUUUACCACGUUUGCCCCGGAACCGUUCGACACAGCAUUGUACGGCGCUCCGAAGCUCAUAGCUGGAAAGGUCCUUGGUGGCUGGAUCAAGAAGUGGCUCGGCCGGAUCCUGCAGCUUGAUAUGGAUGUGAUGGAGUAUGGCUCGGUGCUUUACGAACGGCUCAACGCUAUCGAGAUCCGGGUGGGCGGCCAGUUGUUGGAGCGUUUCGAUAUCAAGGAGAGAUUCCAGACGUUGGAAUUUCCAGACGAGAGGAAUCCGCCAGUGGAUUCCUGGAGAGCAGACACAUUACCGAGGCGGUUGGCAGCGUUUGAAGCAUGGAGAGAGAUAUGUGUGAGGAAAAGGAGGGAAGCCGGACUAGACUAA